UGUUUGGUUUCCGCACCAAUAACAAACAAUUGUGGAGAUUUUUAACUAUGGAAAAGGAAAAUAUUUGUGAUCCUUCAUCGGAGAAAUGUUCAGCAAUAUACGAGAAUAUAUUAGAAUUUCAGUAUUCAUUUGGAUACAAUACUCAAAAAUAUUUCAAUAUGUGUGUUGCCGAUAAAUGUACUAUUAUAUUUGGAUCGGGAAACUUAAUACACAUUUAUAAUAUUGAAAAAGGAGAACGUAGAUUCCAUCGCACAUGGACAGGAGGAGGGAUUGGACACAUAACAAAAAACCCAUUGUUUGAACACAUAGCAGUUGCUGAUAAUGGAUAUGAACCAGUGGUUGUUAUAUACAACUGGCCUUGCAUGGAUGUUAUCUCAGUUUUAAGAGGUGGAACGACAAAGUCAUAUUCAUUUAUGAGCUACAGCCCAGAUGGUGAAAUGCUUUGUGUACAAGGUGGUGACCCAGACUUUUUACUUACAAUUUGGGACUGGAGAAAUGCAGUUAUAUUACGCCAACAGAGGUCCCAUGUUAAUGAUGUUUACAAUAUCGUAUUUUCUCCAUACUCACCACAAAUGAUGUGCACUGGAGGUAAAAUAUAUAAUUGUCAUCAUAGUCUUUUAUAA